AUGAUCAAACUCCUUCGCCGAUGGCAUUUACCCUCUGCAGGGGUGGAGCGGGACCUUGUGGAGGCGGAGGGGGCGGAGGUGGAGCGACGGUUGGCGGAGUCGGCGCGCAAGAUCGAGCUGCAGGGGAGCUUGGUUGAAGUGCUCGAGGCAGAGCGGAUGGUGCUGUUGGGUGAGAACGCUCGGCUAGGGUUCCGGGCGGCGGCCGCGGAGGAGGAGGCGCGGGCAGUGGCUGCGGAGUUGGGGUACAUGCGGCGGCGGGCGGGGGAGCUGGCGCGGGCAGUGGUGAAGCUGCGGGAGGACCACCGGGUGUGCCUGCUGGGCCGGAGGAUCGAGGGCCUCCAGGCGCAAAUCUAUGGCCUGGAGCGGCGCAACCGGGAGUGCUUCGAGGCCAUGGCGAGGCGGGAGAAGGAGAAGGGGGAGGCGCGGGCGGAGGUGGACCGCCUCCGGGAGGAGAACCGCCGGCUGAGGCAGGAGGCGGAGGCGGCGCGGGCCAGGCGGCGAUCGGGCCGGAGCUGGUGGGAGCGGGUGUGGCGGUUCGACUGGGCCCCAGCCUCGUGUGCGCCGCACGUGAGGGAAUCCAAGGUGCCCAAGAAUUGUUUCUACAUAUAGAUAAAUGCACCUUCUUUUUUUCGUCUUCGUAUGUUUUUGUUUAUUUACGGUCCAAAAAUAUGGCUACGUGAAGGACAGCACAGAGUUGGAUGUAGAGAGUCCGUGGUAGUCACCUUGUACUAUGAUAUUAUGGGUUGGACUAAACCUAUAAGUAUGGCAGUGUAUCUGAUGAUUGUCUCGCGGGAUGGCUGAUCGAAUCAUGGGUGAUGGACAUGACAAAU